AUGUCUAUUAUAUCAAACUCUACAUUACUUGAACAAACAAGAGAUCCUGAAAAAACUUUCUAUCAAGAAUUACCACCUACUCCUUCCUCAGCAUUAUCAUUUUUGAUAGUAAGAGAUCAAAAAGAAGAAUGUAUUAUUAAUAAUGAUAGUAAAUCAUCACCUAUCCGUAGUCAAUAUGGUGCAAUAUCGUUGGGGUCUUCAUCUUCUACUGCGUCUACAAUUAGUCCUAAUGAUGAUAAUGAAAGCCUUUACUUACUUUGGACACAUCAACUAUUGAAAGAGAAGGGCUAUAAUCCAUCGUCGUGUAAUAUAGAUGAUGAUUGUAAUAGCAUUGAUAGUAGUAUAACCGAUGUUUCUAUACCCCAAUCAAAACAUUGGCUUUACAAUUGCUUUCCUAUAUGUUAA